UCCAGGCUCCAGUUAGGUUACAUCAGCCUCUGAGGGAGCACAGCUUCCCAGUGUGCCAAACAAACAGCGAUGGCGCAGGGCUUAUUUUGUGGCAUUGAGGAUCUACUGGCCUCUGGAAGUCAGUUAGUGUGGACUCUGACUGAACAGGUGCUGAGGAGAUGCUAUAGUGAUGGGCUUGUGCCCUGUAGGAGGUUCCUGCAGACAUGCUGUCAUCUGGGAGAUGUCUAUCAGAUGACGGAGGGCCGGCUGUGUCAGGUGCUUCUGCUAGAUGACAGGCAGCUGGAACUACUGGUCCAGCCAAAACUGUUGUCCCGAGAUCUCCUGGAUCUGGUUUCAUCACAUUUCAACCUAAAAGAGAAAGAAUAUUUUGGAAUCUCCUUCACUGAUGAGAGGGGUCAAAAAAACUGGCUUCAACUGGAUCGCAGGGUGCUGGACCAUGACUUUUCCAAAAAGACUGGACCACUUGAGCUCAAAUUCCAAGUCAGGUUUUACAUCGAGAGUGUUGCAUGUUUGAAAGAUGCUACCACUGUCAAACUGUUUUUCCGGAAUGCUAAGAUAUCUGUCUACAAUGAAACCAUUGAAGUGGAGAGUGAGAUCGUUUUUAAGUUAGCUGCAUACACUGUUCAGGAGGCAAACGGAGACUUCAUAAGUGAUGAAAGCACAAGAUCAGACUUAAAAAAGCUUCCAGCUUUCCCCACUGCGGUUUUAAAGGAGCACCCAUCAUUAGCAUUCUGUGAAGAUAAAGUAAUCGAGCAUUAUAAGAAGCUAAAAGGACUCAGUCGUGGACAGGCUAUCGUACGGUAUAUGACCUUAGUUGAGUCCUUGCCUGCAUAUGGAGUUCAUUACUACAAAGUGAAGGACAAACAGGGCAUACCGUGGUGGUUGGGGAUUAGCUACAAAGGCAUUGGCCAGUACGACCUGCAAGACAAGCUCAAGCCACGAAAGCUCUUUCUGUGGAAACAGCUUGAAAACUUGUAUUUCCGUGAGAAGAAGUUUGCCGUAGAGGUCAACGACCCUCAGAGAAGAACAGCUUCUAGACGCACAUUUGGUCAGUCUGGUCAGGUCAUCCACACGUGGUAUGCCAGCCACUCUCUGAUCAAAACCAUCUGGGUAAUGGCAAUCAGCCAACACCAGUUCUACCUGGACCGCAAACAGAGUAAAGCUAAAAUAACUACAGCAAGAAGUUUGGGUGAUAUUGCCAUGGAUCUCUCAGAGACUGGAGCUCCAAGGAACAGUAAGCUGGUCAGCAUGGAGAGUAAAGACAAGCUCAUCAUGGCCAGCAAUGGAAGUUUGGUCUCUUCCAAUUCUGCCGACAAUGAUGUGAAUGAGGAACAGAAGAAAGAGAAGAUUGCAGAACUGAAGAACAAACAGAAGAGCUUAAAUGAAAUUCUGGCACUAAAGGAAGAAGAGCUAAAGAGAAUCUGCCUCCGGGAAGCUGAACUUACCGGUGUGUUACCCAAGGAGUAUCCUUUGGCAUCAGGAGAGAAGCCCCCCACUGUUCGAAGGCGCAUGGGAACUGCUUUCAAAUUGGAUGAUCUUUUCCCUUAUGAUGCGGACCCUCUUUUAAGAAACAUGGAGGGCUGCUUUGCGCUCCAGAAGAAGAUUGUGGAGGCAGCGAAAAAACUUGCCUAUGAAAAUGAGCUCUGUAAAACUGUGAAGAAGAAACGCAGGAGAAACCUUCUGGAUGCUACCAAAAAACUUCAGGAGAUUGAAAAUGAGAUUAAUGGUUACAGAGUGAAGAUUGGCAAGGAGCCCACACAAAGAGCUUCUGUCAUCAUUGCUGAUGAUGUGAACCUUGACAGCCUUUCUGACUGCCUAAAUUUGGAAGAUGAUGAGCCAUCGCAGAGACAACGUUCACGUUCAGUACAGUAUUCUCCACGUCCUAACUCGUCAAACUCCUUCACUGCAUCAUACAAUUCGGAGCACGGAAGUGACGACCACCAGAACUAUAGCAGAUUAAAUUAUGGCGAAGUCCAAGAACCUGUGACCUAUAUACAGGGAGACACCUUAUCAACACACAGCCCCUACCAUCAACCCUCACGACAACCCUCAGACUCGCGGAGCAUGCCCCCCACCCCGCAGCUUCCCCGCAACGCCUACAGCAGCAUCCAGCUCAGCACUCAUUAUCGGCAGCGCAGUGGCAGUCUGGAAUCUCAGUCCCAGUUCCUUACGGAAAGCGAACCAUCCGAGCCUGUCUUCACUAUCUCUUCUCCUCGUCGUAGCAACAGCACUGAAAUUCUUGACGAUGGCUCCUCCUACACCAGCCAGUCCAGCGUGGAGUACUCUGCACCCGGCUGCCAUUCCCGUGCCAAAAACCGACAUCGGAGGAGGCAGGGCAACAUAUACGCCAACACAGGAAGCAUGCCUAACCUAGCACAGAAUGACACACGUGGUUAUACAUCCCAGCCUCGGCAACAGCCAACCACCACAGCCUAUUACGUCACUGGAUAUCCGCGGUACAUGGAACCUGAAGUGUAUCCAAAUGGACCGUAUAUGUAUGAGACUGAGAUGGAGGGACACUAUAAUGUUAACCCCUCCUACCCCAGACAUGACCCUCAUGGGAACUACGGCCAUGAUGAGAUAGACGGUUUGGCUCAUAACCUUUAUGCCACGUUAAGGCCACCAAGGAACCGUCCUCCAUCCAGAAAUGAGAAUUUUGCCAGAAGCAUGCAAAGGGCUGAAGUGGUGGAACACUUGCGUGGAUGGUACAGCCGACAGAACAAACAACCAGGGUAUGAUACCUACAGGGGGCCACAGCAAAACCUCGGCUACAGGACCAUGUCAUCAAGUUAUGUACGCAGUGACAGUACAGCUUCCUACUCAACAGUUAGUUCGGGAAACUGGCACAGUCGACCAGUCAUGGCAAUGUCAGAUUAUGAAAUGCCUCUCACACACCAUCACCCCUACGGCUACAACACUGUCCAUCACAGCCACCAGUUACACAGCAGGUCCUAUAUAGACGUGAGCCACCACGAUUCACACACGAGCAGCCCAAUAGACAGCAGUUUUGACUCUGAAGACCAGCAGACGCUGCAUUGGCAUGAGGACUCGAAACCUGGAACCAUAGUGUAGAAGAGACUGAGAGAAACUGUUUCCUGUUCACUCUCAUGUGCCUUGUUCUCAUCCCAUUUGCUUAUUAAUAGCAAUGAAUUCCAAAGUUAGGAAUGUUGCCGGACAAGAGCCUUAAAACAUGCGUGUGAAGAUGAUCCUGCUAGACGACAUGAAAGGACAAUUGCUCUUCGUGAACAAACUAUGGGAUAGCACUUUGCCUAAAAGACAGCUGCUGUGGAAACUUAUGGUGCUGUGGGCAGAAUGAACUGGGGACAUUGUCUAAGCCUCAAUACACUCUGUGACAUUGAAGGAUAUUGCAACUUUAAUAUUUCAUCAGGCACAAGCUAAAAAUGAUAUGAAGGAUUGAAACCAGAUUUUUCUCUUGUGCAAAACCCUCACCAAAAUAUUCCACAAUGCUUUUUCACACUUGGAUUUUUAGUGUUGCUGAUCUCCUCUUUUAUCGACAAACUUUUACAGUGUUUUUUAUGUUCAUAAACCAAAAUGCGAUGUGAUGGUGCAACAACAACUUUUUCAUUCAGUAUUUUCACUCAUCACUUUCGGUUUAAGUGCAUUCACAAUAACAGGAAUCAUUCUUUUCUGGCUUUGUACUGGGCUUUACACCUGUGUACUAUUUCAAUUUGGUUCACAACCAGCAAUGCUGUUUUUUAACAGUGCACAACUAACAUUUGGACCAGUCACAAGAAGAAUUUGUUUUAGCACAUGCCAAGUACUAGUAAAUCAUGCCUGUCAACAUUCUACUUUGCGUCAGACAUUGCCAAGUAUUCAGUUAGUUUUCUAAUACUGUUAAAUGGUUUGGAACAGCUCUAAUAAUUGAAACAUGAUUACAUGGGAGUAUAAUUGUUUUAAUACUGUCACUAACAAUUAGUCCGGUACAAUAGUUGUUACCAUUUACUGCACUUUUAUACCCUAAUGGACUUUUGCUCACUCGGAAAGAUUGGAAACCGUGACCGAGCACACUGCGUCUCUCUUUCUCUUCAGAAGGGAACUGUAUAUGUAUUUGUAAAUACUGUACAAACAUUUGAUACAUUUUUCACCUUUUAGAGAGAUUUGUUUUUAUCAUUUUGAAAGAUUUUGUUUUGAAAGCAUAUAAUAUAUAGUUUGGAGUUAUCAAGCUGGUUCUUAGUAAUUUGUCUAAAAAAAAUUCAUUGGAAUUAAAAAAGAAAACCAA